AAAAUCAUUUUCUAUAAAAUAAUGAACGGUGAUGGAGAGGAUCAAAAUAGUAACAAUAUGUAUGUCUCAUGCAAUAAAAGGGCCUAGAAGUCGCCCCGACUAAAUCCAACUGGCUCUCUCUUCCCUAUGCCAUAGAAAUUCACUCCACCAUAAUGGCCUCCCCAGAAAUACAGACUCCGACAGCCGGAAGCUUAGACCCAGAAAAACGCCUCGCUAACGGCGACGACGACGUCUCACCCAUCGAGCAAGUCCGGCUGACCGUAUCCAACACCGACGACCCGAACCAACCUGUAUGGACUUUCCGGAUGUGGUUCCUGGGUCUACUCUCCUGCGCCCUCCUCUCCUUCCUCAACCAGUUCUUCUACUACCGAACGGAACCCCUCGUCAUAACCCAAAUCACAGCGCAAGUAGCCACGCUCCCCAUCGGCCGGUUCAUGGCCGCAGUGCUGCCCAAAACACAGUACCAGAUUUCAAUCCCGUGUCUCGGACCCAAGAAGUUUUCUCUGAAUCCAGGUCCGUUUAACAUGAAAGAGCACGUGCUGAUUACCAUCUUCGCCAAUGCCGGCAGCGCAUUUGGAUUGGGGUCAGCUUACGCCGUCGGCAUCGUGAAUAUCAUCAAGGCGUUUUAUAAGCGGAAUAUUUCGUUCUUCGCCGCUUGGUUGCUCAUUGUCACUACUCAGGUGCUGGGAUACAGUUGGGCAGGGCUGCUGAGGAAGUACGUGGUGGAGCCGGCUCACAUGUGGUGGCCUGGCACCUUGGUUCAGGUCUCACUUUUCCGGGCUUUGCAUGAGAAGGAAGAAAGUGAGAAGAAACAGAUGACCAGAGAAAAGUUCUUUCUUAUUGUCUUAGUUUGCAGUUUUUCAUGGUACUUGCUCCCAGGGUACCUCUUCACAACACUAACAAGCAUCUCAUGGGUUUGCUGGAUUUUCUCCAAGUCUGUCACAGCCCAACAACUUGGUUCAGGCUUGCGGGGACUUGGACUUGGUGCUUUGACACUAGACUGGAGUGCAGUGUCAUCCUUCUUGUUCAGUCCGCUCAUUAGUCCUUUCUUUGCCAUUGUCAAUGUUUUCGUGGGCUAUGUGCUGGUGGUGUACAUUGUAACUCCUAUAGCUUACUGGGGUGUAGACUUGUUCAGUGCAAGAAGGUUUCCCAUAUUCUCCUCACACUUGUUUACAGCUCGAGGUCAACCGUAUGACAUAUUAGCCAUCGUUAAUAACAAUUUCGAGCUAGAUAAACUGAAGUAUGAGGAGGAAGGACGAAUUCAUUUGAGCAUGUUUUUUGCUCUCACCUACGGGUUUGGUUUUGCCACCGUUGCCUCUACGAUUACGCAUGUUGGUCUCUUCCAUGGAAGGGAGAUAUAUCAGCGCUAUCGUGCUUCUUACCAAGGCAAGGAGGAUAUCCAUACAAAAUUGAUGAGAAAAUACAAGGACAUACCUUCAUGGUGGUUUUACAUUCUUCUUGCUGUCACAAUAGCAGUUUCUCUUUUACUCUGCAUCUUUGAUAAAAAGGUUCAGUUGCCAUGGUGGGGACUCCUAUUUGCUAGCGGCAUGGCCUUUGUCUUCACCCUUCCAGUCAGCAUCAUAACUGCCACAACAAACCAGACUCCAGGUUUGAACAUAAUUACAGAAUACGUAAUUGGUAUCAUAUAUCCAGGAAGACCUAUUGCCAAUGUCUGCUUCAAAACCUAUGGGUACACGAGUGUGGCUCAAGCAGUCUCCUUCCUCAGUGAUUUCAAGCUGGGACACUACAUGAAGAUCCCUCCAAGAUCCAUGUUCUUAGUUCAGUUCAUAGGAACAGUUCUAGCUGGAACGAUCAAUCUUGCAGUGGCCUUGUGGUUGCUGAACUCUAUCCACGAAAUAUGUCAAGAUGAUCUCCCUGCUAACAGUCCUUGGACAUGUCCCAAUGACAGAGUUUUCUUUGAUGCAUCUGUAAUAUGGGGUUUAGUGGGUCCAAGACGAAUCUUUGGAUCUCAAGGCAGUUAUUCGGCAAUGAAUUGGUUCUUCCUGGGAGGUGCAUUAGGACCUAUCAUAGUUUGGUUGUUGCACAGGACAUUCCCCAAGCAAUCUUGGAUUCCCCUAAUUAAUCUUCCAGUCCUUCUAGGAGCAACAGCAUACAUGCCACCAGCAACAGCUUUAAACUACAACAACUGGGUCCUAGUUGGAACUAUUUUCAACUUUUUUGUCUUUCGUUACCGAAAGCAGUGGUGGCAAAGGUACAACUACAUUCUUUCAGCAGCCCUUGACGCAGGGGUGGCUUUCAUGGCAGUGGCUUUGUACUUUGCAGUGGGCAUAGAAAAUAUAAGUGUGACUUGGUGGGGCACAAAUGGUGAACACUGUGACUUAGCUGCAUGUCCAACAGCCAAGGGUAUAGUUGUUGAGGGUUGUCCGGUGAAGUAAUGCAUGUAUUCCUCUUUUAAGUGUGUAAUCUCUUUUAAAAGUUGGACAGCACAAAACUAGCAAGCACCAAAGCACUUCAGUUAACGAAAUGAAGCAUAACUGAAAUCUAUGAGUAUUUAUGAUAGAUAUUAGAGAAUUAAAACUUCCUCUUACAUUCUGCUACAUCCCCCAGAAAAUAUCCCUGUAAGAUAACAAUUUGAGUCCCGCAUUGUAAUGUUAUUAACAUGAAGCGCACAACAAGGUUUUUAAAAUUGGACCAGUGGUAAAACUGCUCCUUUCCAGAGCUUCUAGGUUGACUGGUUGGAGCAGCCCAAUUGUAAAUUGUAAAAAACUGCUGAAACCUGCAAUUUUCUGUGAUCCCAGUUGAACUGCAAGUCACUGGUUCUUUAUAGUUUUCUUGCUCAAGCAGUUCAAAGUGGUUCAAAAAGGUCUAAUCACUCAAACAAUACUAUGGGGCUUUUCCAACCUGUUGAACCUGCCAGUCUGGUCCAAUUUUGAAGACAUUGCUUCAGGGACAUGAUGCAUCUUCGCCAUAUCUCAGUGGUGGAUGAGACAGGAAAAGGAUAACCAUAACAGUUUCCUUGGGGGAUGGUCAAUUGUUGUCUGUGUCAAUUAAAUUAUCUAUUGUCUA